AUGUAUGUGAUUGCAAUGAACCGGAGAGGGUUGACUCAAGGAACAGAAGGAGAUAAAACUCAUCGAAACACAUACACCUUUCAUCAAAACGGCCAUACCACUAAUAUUCUGUCAUUACUUAUCCUACAUCUGCCGAAAUCAAGACAAGCUCCUUAUGUCCACACUUUAAAAACGGCGCAGAUCAAAUGGAAGAUUUCUAAUAGAGGACAGAUUGCACCUGAUAGAUAUGGGCUGUUAAAUAAGGAAUAUGAAGGUAGAUUUUCGCUAGUUGAUCAUUACUCCUCCUUUAUCAGACUAACGAGUAACUUCAAUAGUCAUACCUCUGUACCAUUUGAACUCUGCUUCAAAUCCAUAAGGAAAGAUACACCUGUUAACUCCAAACACCCGUCUAUAUUCUCUAUACGAGUAAAUACUUCUCAUGAGAUCAGCAUUAAUGCAAAUUUACUUAAUUGUGAAAGCUCAUUACGAUUAUCAUUUGCAUUAUUGAGGGAUAUAAUGGUAGCCAUAGGCUUAAAAGUCUCGUUACUGCGUCAAUUAUUCUUUGGAAAGAGGAAUAGAACGUAUAAACAUGGUGAUGGUGAAACAGAAUAUUAA